AUGACUCAGAUUCCCCUGAAAUUCUCGAUUUUAAUUAUUUUUCUAAUUUUAAAUUCAUUUUCCCUUGUAUUUGGCUCUUUUAAUGUUCUCGACGGGCAACCUUCUGAAUUACUUGCGUUUGCCCAAGUCCCGCCAAUUUUGCCCCAAAAUUCACAAAAAUCCCCCAAUCUCCAAACAAAUAAACAAUUAAAUAACGAGAAUCCUUUAAUUUCCGAAAAUUCUGAGGGUAAUGAAAGGCAAUUUGUCCCGUUGGUAGUAAAUGGACACCGACUGAAUAAUAAUCCAACAAAUCCAAUUUUUGUUAGAGUUGUUCCAAAUAAUCAGUCAAAAGUUAAUGAAAUUGGAAAACAGGACGACGAUCAACGAACAAAUAUAAAAAAUUAUAAUAAUACAUUUUUAAGCAAAUUUGCACCAAAUGGGGAUGAAAUAAAAGAAAAAAUAAAUUUUGAAAAGAAAAAAGAAGAAAGUACUAAUCCGUUUUCAAGUCUUGGGUCAUCAACUAUUGAAGCUAAACCUUCAUUUAACACAAAACAGGAAAAACAACUUCAAGGGAAAAAUGAAGAAAAAAGGAAAAAUGCUAACUUGAAUAAGCCUUUUAUUAUUAAAAAUGAAGAAAAUAAAUUGGAAGAGAAGAAAAGGGAGAAAAAAGAAGAGGGAAAUAGUAACAAUAAAUUAAUUAAAGAGGGAAAAGAUAACAGAGAAAAGUCGGAAAUUCCGGAAGAGAUUAAAAGAGAGAACAAUAAAAGAGAAGAGGACAACAAGGGAAAUAAAAACAAAGAAGAACAAAACUUUCCGGAAAAACUUUAUAUAAAAAGGAAUGAAAAAAGAGGAGAAAAUAAAGAAAAGAAUGAGGGAAAUGAUUUAUUAAUUGAAACUUGGAGGAAUGAAAUCCCGCUUGAGGGUGUUAAAAAUUGGAACAAGUAA